AUGAGUUUCUUUCCUUGUUGCCCAUCACAAAAGAGGCUCAGGAAGAAGACAUUAAAGAAGAAUAUCAAGGAAUACCAUGAAAAUAAAAUCAAAACCUCAUUUUCCAACAUCUCUUUCAAAACAGAUAGUGGCAAAAGAAAGUUCAUAACAGAUGAGAUAGCAAAGCUUGGGAAAGGAAACAUUACAUCUAAGUAUAUUCCUUAUCGUGAGCUAUGUGUUGCAACUGAGAACUUUCACCCUGCCAAUUUGAUUGGUGAAGGAGGCUUUGGGAGGGUAUACAAAGGACACCUUAAAAGCCUAAAUCAAGUUGUUGCUGUGAAACAACUUGACAGGAAUGGAUAUCAAGGAAAUAGAGAAUUUUUUGUAGAGGUUUUGAUUUUGAGUCUUUUGCACCACCCUAACCUUGUCAACUUGAUAGGGUAUUGUGCCGAAGGUGAACAUAGAAUUUUGGUAUAUGAAUACAUGGUCAAUGGUUCUUUAGAAGAUCACUUACUUGAUUUACAUGAAGAAGCAAAGCCUUUGGAUUGGCAUACUAGAAUGAAAAUUGCAGAAGGUGCAGCAAAAGGACUUGAAUAUUUGCAUGAUGAAGCAAACCCUCCAGUGAUAUAUCGUGAUUUCAAAGCCUCAAACAUAUUAUUAGAUGAACACUUCAAUCCAAAACUAUCUGAUUUUGGACUUGCAAAGCUUGGUCCAACAGGAGAUAAAACACAUGUGUCCACCAGAGUGAUGGGAACAUAUGGAUAUUGUGCUCCUGAAUAUGCAUCAACAGGGCAAUUGACUACAAAAUCAGAUGUUUACAGCUUUGGAGUGGUCUUUUUGGAGAUGAUCACAGGAAGAAGAGUAAUUGAUUAUUCAAGAUCAGAAGAAGAACAAAAUUUAGUUAUUUGGGCACAACCACUUCUAAAGGAUAGGAGGAAAUUUAUACAAAUGGCUGAUCCAUUGUUAAAAGAUAAGUACCCUUUAAAAAGUUUAUAUCAAGCUUUAGCAGUGGCAGCAAUGUGUCUUCAAGAGGAAGCUGAUACUCGACCUCUAAUCAAUGAUGUAGUUACAGCCAUUGAUUUUUUAGCAAGGAAGAAAGUAGAAGUGGAUCAACCACAUCAUACAAAACAUAUUUCUUAUAACAAAGAUGACGAGGAUAAUAAUAAUAAUGAAAAUGAAGAUGAAGAUGAUAAUGAUGACAAUGAAGAUGAAGACGAAGAUGAAAAGGAAAAUAUUAAAAAGAGUCAUAUCAUAAAUAGUAGUGAAUACUAA